AUGCUGCAGCCUAUGGGGCACCGUCCCAUGCAUGCUGUGUUGCUCUCCACUCGAUCAACCACCUCUGCCUUGGCAAACUGGCGAUUGCCCCUUUUCAAACUACCGGGAGAGCUCUUCUGGGGAAUUUGCGAUCUCCUUAUUAACACUGACCUGCUUCGUUUGUCCGAAACCUGCCGCCUGAUGCAACAUGCAGUUCAAGCGGCCAUUCUCGACCGAGUUGAACGCGGAGUACGCGUCGGAGCGAUCGCCCCUUUGGAUGCCGGCCUUCGACUGUGCGAAUUGACAAACCAUGAAGUACGAGUGCAUCUAUGGAAGGCGACAAGGGCUUGGACACGGGGUGUGAAGUCACCAGUUGGUCUGGCCUCACGUCUAGUAGCGACUUCGAUUCCCCUGACUGGCCAACGCAUCGAAUGGCAGGCACUCAGCCAUGGCACGCUUUUUGUUGUGCAGCACGGCAUGUUGAGUCUCUACGACUACAAGAAAGGCAUAUGCCGCUUCGAAGCGCGGCUGCCGUUAUUCGAUGAAAAUGCGGUGAACGACACCCAGCAUGUUUCCGGCGGCAUACUACGGACCGAUCCGCGUACACCCAAUUCUCAUCGACUACUGCUAGAAAUCACCUCUCGGCGUGGUCGAAAACCUAUCGAACGAUCCUUGGAAUUCCUGUCGGUGCUUACUCGAAGCACAGGAGCUGCAUUGUCCAAGGCAGGACAACUGCACGACAAUCACGGCCUUGUGGCUUUCGACGGACGAUUGAGCUGUACCACAAGGUGGAAGGGAUCAGUCGAUCUGCGUGUUCACGAUUGGAAUCGCAACGUGAGCCUACAACUCCAGGUUUCGCACCACUCUCGUAGACCCUUUCCCGGAAAGGUGUUAGCCGCCAAAUUCGUGCAGGACUAUCUGAUCGUCCUCGUCGACCGCUAUGUAUGCGUGUACGACCAGCGCGACUUUCUCGCGGCUCCGCGUUCCAUGUCAUUGCAGACAGCCCCUUUGAAGGAGGUGAUCGAACUGGACCAUAUGCUUUGGGCCGCCGCAAUGUGGCAGUCGGACGUGCAAACCACGUUUCUCCAAGGUCUGCCCAGCUCUCAAGAUGAAGUCUGUGUGGGAUUUCUGGGUAGAACUCAAGACACGAUUCGGCAAUUCCAUCUCCGAAUCUAUCAUCGCGAAUCCAAGGAGCCCGCAUGCCUAAGGUCUUUGUCGUUUGCACUGAUACCACGGGAAAAUCGAGUAUCCGGCCUCUUGGUUGGUCGAUCUGGGUUGGACGCUUUCUGGAUUGAAGACAGUAAGCUCGUUCGCGCCUUACUUCCCCCACGUUCAAACAUCACACCGCACCUUGAGGAGAAACUGCAGACUGAGUUCAUUUGGUCGCCGUCGGAAGAACUUACGCACGCUAGGAUCCUAGCCUUCGAUGAUGUCCGCGUGGCUCUCGUCAUCGGUGCCCUGCAGGGCCGCACUCUUACCUUGCUGAGUGCACCGUCGAGCGACGCGAUCGUCACCGUCCCGUACAAAUGUUCCGAAUCAAUUCCGAUGGUAAUGGAUAAGAGAGGUCAGGAAAAUCGGCGGACAGAAAGAAAGGCUUCGCUUAAGGCGUUACUGGACAACAUGCGCCGUAGUCAGGUGGUGGAGGAGUGCCUCGGGGAAGACCUCGAGGAGAAAGCCGAUGAGAAUCCCGAAGAACAUUUGCCUCAAGGCUUUCUGCCAUGGAGAUGUCGAGAGCACCAGUGGAAGGAAUGGCCGGGGGGAUAUGCGCAUAUUCUAGCCGAGGGGCUGCAUAUACCCGGCCCCUUUAGGCCUCUGGCCUUCAAACCCACUCACACCAUGAUGUUGCAACUGACCAAUGGUUGCUAUGUGACAUUCAGCGACGUCCGGGAUUCCUCGCCCCAUUUUCUCUGGCAGGCAUGUACUUGUACCCUCAAUGGGUCUGAAUGGUUGGCAUAUGUGAAGAAUGGAGGUAGCAAAGGUAUUGGGCCGCCUUGCUAUUGUUGUGCAGUGAACUGGGAUGCUCUUGUACGAGAUCAGGCGUGGAUGCGGGAUGUGGUGUUUGCUAUACACGGUCUGGAAGAGGACGGUGACGAUGCGGUGUCCAUGGCUGUCAUGAGGGCACUGCGGCGCUUGGGGGUGUAUGGAAAGAUCUCGGAUGCCUAG